UCGUCAUAUACAUAUAUAACUGCAUAUCAGUAAAAGUAAACAUGUAAGUGUACGUAUCAACAAAAAAUUGCCCUGAUUUAAAUCAAACUUUACAUUGUAAGGAAUCACCAAUAUGGCCGAAAGAGUAGUGAGGAAUAUUGAAAAUGAUUAUUUAAUGUGCAGUGUGUGUUUGGGGCGGUAUGAAGAUCCUCGGCUUCUUCCGUGCGGACAUUCCUUUUGCAAAAGUUGUUUGUCGGAACAUAUUCUGCAGACUGUUACAGACAGAGACACCAUAUCAUUCAACUGUCCGAUUGAUCGAAGUCAGGUUCCUAAACCGAGAGGAAAUUUGAAUCCGAGAGAAUGGGGUAAACAAUUUCCACCGGAUACUUUCAUGAACAAUCUAAUACAAGCUGUAAAGAUUCACGAGGGGACGACGAGUGAGGGAGUCGACAGAGGAAUUAUCAUACCAAGUCGUCAGCAACACCCUAACAUCCCUGUCCAGGUACACGUGGAGGCACCCAUUAGUGACAAUGGAGUAUAUUGUGAAAAUCACAGUGGAAGACCAAUAGAGUUUUUUUGCUUAGCAUGCAAUAUAAUAGGAUGUUCAUUAUGCGCAGUUCGUGAGCAUCGAGGGCAAAGUUGCGAAUGCGUGACUAUCGAAGAAGCUAUUGUAAGAUUUCGCCCACGAAUAGACGCUUUGAGGAGACGAUUUCAGAGUCAAACACAACGAAUUCAAGACUUAGGUUCUGGUGAUAACGAUAAUGACAUUGAACUACAAAAUAGUAAAGAAUUAGCUUUGCGAUUAAUUGACGAAGUUGAAUCCGAGGUCGGGCAGUUUUACGAGAGAACUUUACAAGGUAUUGAAGACUUAAAACGACAGCUUUUUGAAUCCGGUCGUGUUCAAUUACAAGACAAUCAGGAAUUGCUAAUGGUAAUGCAAAACAUUGAAUCAACAAGAGAAGCGUUUGACAUAAUGUGUCACAACAGUACAGAUAUAGAGUUUUUGAACGAUUUGCCAAAAGUCGAAUCCCAAGCAGAUGAGUAUGAUAAUGCUAUCUUGUCUUCAAGUCGUUCAGUUUCAUCAAUGCAUGUUGAAUUUGUUCAGAAUCCCAAUUUCCUACAAUUUAUACGAAAUCCACCACCUAUUGGUUCAGUUUCAGUAUCGUCCCAAAAUAGUUUACCAGUUGGACGGAUGAACCAAACACGUAAUGGUAAUUUGAAUACAAAUCGAAGACAGGCAACUAAUCAUGCUAAUGUAAUAAACCGAACAAGACCAGUUUCUCGUCAAAUUCCAACAGCCGGUGUUCGGCCAACUCGAACUCCUCGUCCACAGAGAUAUAUGGGAUCGCGAGUUCAAAAAUCGCAUGAGAUCAUAAAUGUAAAAGACCGCGGAGAAGACACCAUUAGUUGGCAGCUAACUGGUGUUGUUUUCGUCGAUAAUUCUAUCGUUGUCAUUGAUUCUCAUAACCAGAUGGUUAGGAAGCGCGGAAUAGCGGGUAGUGGUGAAGGGAAUGACACUCUUCCUCUGGAACAACCCUUAUGUGUAUGUAACAUGGGCUCUACGACAAAUGUGGCAGUUACACAACCAGAAAAAUCACAGAUUUCUAUUAUUGGAACUACUGGGAAUCUCAAUGUUCUUGAAGUAAUCAAAACACAUAAACCGUAUGAAGGAAUCUGUCAAAUGAACGACAGUAAAUUCGUUGUUUCUUGUAUGUCUGGUCGAAUAUCUAUCGAUAUACUUAGUCGAAAUGGGCGAGUUAUAAAAUGUAUUGAAAGAUCUCAUCUAUUUCAUUGGCCAAGAUUUUUGACUAUCGCUUCUAAUGGGAACAUAAUUGUAAGUGACAGAGACCAAAAACAUGUGAUAAGUCUGAACCAAUCUGGACAGGUAGUUUGGACUUAUUCAACCUCAGUAUCACCUUGGGGUGUAACUAGUGAUAAAAGUGGGAAAAUAUAUUUAUGCUUAGACAACAAUACUGUCCAGGUUAUUUCAGAAGAAGGGAGACUUAUUCAAGAUAAAUUUGUUAACAUAAAGGAAGGUGUGAAAACGCCUUACGCUAUCACUGCACGGGCUCGCCAAGUAGCUGUAACUGAAUAUGGUUCGAGUUUAUUUGCCGCAAACAGCCCAAAUGUACACAUAUUUACCUUCUAA